GGACAAACAUUAAAGAUGAAAGUUUUAAUGCUCACCAAUCUAAAACUGAUUUGUUUUAUAUAAAACUGGGCUUAAAGCCCAGUGUCAAUAUCCAUUCACUGAAUUUUCAAACCAACAAAAAAGGACGUUUAAUAGAGGGAAUCGGAACUGAACCGCUACCAUGCCCUGGAAAUAAAUCACUAAAGACUUGAAUAGAGCCAGCAUUGCGACGAAGCUGUUCCCCAUGCAUGCUGGGAACUAUAGUCCGCUAAUAGCCUAGGGGCCAUUCAUAGUUUUGCAUACCCAGGGGGUGACUGAGGGCCAGUGUGUUUUGGGAGUUGCAGUUUUGAGUGGAUCGCAAUGUUUGCCGGGAACUGUAGGCUAAUGAGGUAAUCGCAGCAUGACUGACUCGUAGCCGGUUACUGGGUCUCCUCUCUUUGAUUCCCCCCCCCCGAACAAUUAAGAGGGUGGGGGUUCCAGGAGUGGGUUUUCGUCGGUUGAAAAUUCCCUGGAUGUGGAUGUUAGUUUGGAAUUUUCCAGAAAGGUUGUGACUUGUCUGUCGCCAUGGUGAAGGAGACACUGUAUUAUGAUGUGCUGGAGGUGAAGCCCAGUGCCUCUGCUGAGGAGCUGAAGAAGGCGUACCGCAAGCUGGCCUUAAAAUAUCACCCUGACAAGAACCCCAAUGAGGUUCAGAUUUCCCAAGCCUAUGAGAUACUGUCUGACCAGAAGAAGAGAGAUGUGUAUGAUAAAGGUGGUGAGCAGGCUGUCAAAGAGGGUGGCUCCAGUAGUAGUUUUGGAUCACCCAUGGAUGUAUUUGACUUGUUCUUUGGAGGUGGUGGGACGAUGCAAAAGGAGAGGCGAGGUAACGUUCCUACUUCUGAUGCUGCCCUAGACUUAACAGUAUGGCCGUUGUACAUCAAAGAGUGCUGAAGUUUGCCUCAGGUGAAUGCAGUGUGGCUUGCAAGACUGCAUUGAGGCUAUUAAAAUGAUCUUACAGCUGUAUUCCAGAAACCAUAUAAAACUGUUGUUAGCCUUUAACGCCUAACAUGAGUAGGGAAAGGGAUGCCUGUGUAACGAAUGGUACUCAUUUCAUACACUGGUUAUUUAGAUCUGUGAGUUGUCUUAUGUUAAUUUAAUACCUAGCUAGACUCUGCAUUUAGGAAGCCUUUAUCUAAGGAUAAGCCUAGCUUUUAAUAAAAUAGAACAAGAAUGGGAUGGUAAAGUAUCUUACUUGGUAAGUAAGGUACUGCAAGUGUACUGUCAAAAUCUGAGUUUUUAGAUCACUUCUAGCUGAAAGACCUUAGUUAGAAGUAACAACAUAUAAAUAAAGUGAACAAAGCAGGUUUGUGGUUGUUUUUGGUUUUGUUUUUAAUGAGAUCACCUUGUUCUUCUGUACUGUCCAGCAGAAUUGGGUUAAAGCUGCAGUAAAGCUAAAAUGCCAAUCCAAAUUGAAGUUCAAACCAAUAGUAUCAGCCAAGAUGUCAAUAUUAAUUUAAAAACUGUGUUUAAGAGUAGUGCUGGCUAUAUCACUUCUUAGUUCAUAUGCAGUGCUGGUAAAUGAAAAAAAAGUUUUCUAUCAAAAUAUUAUACAACUUCAUGUAGCAGAACAUUUUUAGUAAGCAAGAGCUUGUUACCCUUAAAAUGGAUUUGAUUAGAAUUUUACUUGGCAAAAACUUGAUUGUAAAAAUCCAGUUGUUUGACUGUUUUGGGAAACUCAUGGGGGGUAGGGGUGGUGGUAGUAUUUCAUCGGCUAUAGGAACUAUCUCCUACUUCCCUGUAGUUAUCCAAACAUACCUGUCUAUUUUCACCCUUUAGACAAAGUUAAAAUCUUAAACCUGUAUCUCAGUGUAUUUUGUUCUUCUUAUUAUUGCUUAUACUUUCACAGAGGAGUCUUCUGGCUCCUUCUGAAAAACAUUACUAAGAAAGCAGUGUUAAUUUUUAUAUAAUUGUAAGAUUAAAUAGGAAAAAGCUAUUGAUAACAGCAGAAGUAAAUAAAUAGGAAGUGUUAAAGCUUUUAAAGACUUAUUCUAAUGCAACUUGAACAUAGUAACACGUAAAACAUAAUUUUGAGUUCAACCUAUCAAAUUUGAAUAAAUAUACUCUCCCCCCUCCCUCCUCUUCCCUUAUAGACAAAAAUGUUGUUCAUCAGUUGUCAAUAAGCUUAGAAGAUCUGUAUAAUGGUGCAACAAGAAAGCUGGCUUUGCAAAAUAAUGUAAUCUGUGACAAAUGUGAAGGUAACUUCAACACUAAAACUAGACAUUAGUUAUUUCUGAAGUUCCAAAUGUAUUUUGACCUUCUAUUUUCUUCUGGAAAUAUAACUGUUUGAUUCUUGCUCUGUCAUCAGGUUGUGGUGGUAGGAAGGGUGCAAUAGAAUGCUGUCCUAAUUGCAGAGGCACAGGCAUGCAAAUCAGAAUUCACCAGAUUGGUCCAGGAAUGGUGCAAUGGAUGCAUUCUAUAUGUAUGGAGUGUCAGGGGCAUGGGGAGCGUAUCAGCCCCAAGGACUGGUGCAAGAACUGCACUGACAGAAAAAUUACAGUAUCACAGUAUCACAGUAUUACAGUAUCACAGUAUGUUUGGGAUUGGAAGGGACCUCAAUAGAUCAUCUAGUCCAAUCCCCCUGCUGGAGCAGGAACGCCUAGGUGAGGUCGCACAGGAACAUGUCCAGGCGGACAUGUUAGAGAGAAGAUUCAGGCGGACAUUGUUAGAGAGAAGAAGAUUCUAGAAGUUCACAUUGACAAAGGUAAGGGUUUUACUAACUCUGAAUAUUAUAUUUAAAUAGGUGUUCAUUGGGGUUGGUGGUUUGUGGGGUUUUUUUUAGCACUAAAACAGGAGCUUCAGCAAAUGCAUGGUGUUUGUGAAAAAUGCAGUUGUGAUUCAUGCUAAGAUGUUUAAUGUUUACAGGUAUAACCAAAUGAGGCACGGACUCUGAACUUGGAAAAGGGAAAGGUGGUUAAGUUCUAUGUAAAAAGUUAUGAAACUUGUUUAGGAAGUUAUAUUGAUAGAGCGAACUAACAUUUUAAGGGUUAACUAAACUUAUAAUGGGUGCCUACUAACGAACUAACACUUUAAGGCUUAGUCACACAAUAAAUGCUUAGUUUAGAGCUUUAUGUUAAGAAGAACAGAACCCCAUCGAAUGCCAAGAUAAGAAGUUUUACUGCACCUAGCUGUAAACUUGAGGAGACAAGAUAACAAAGAUUUACAGCAAAAGGGGGCGCCAGUCUGGUUUCAUUCAACUUGGCAGCUUGGGUCCCAGUCAAUUCAACAUAAUGAGCCAAAGGUAAAAAGUCCACUGUGAUGAAGCUGAAGGAGCCUUCAUCCAAAGACCCCCAAAGACCCCUCCUCAAAUUCACCAAGUGGCACUGCGCAGGCGCAACAGGGGAGCGUCUAUGGAAAUGGUUAUCUGAGACUCAUUUUAAUCAGAAGCAGGGAAAGGUUAUGAAUAUGUAUAGGCGUUCCUGGGGUCAUUAUGAAUAUGUAAUAUCUUACUGUAUUUAAGCACACUUCUUAUUGUUUAAAGGUGUGCGUGUUGGGCGGAGUGAAUCCCCCACGCACCCAGCGCUGUUUUGCUUAUGCUCUAAUGAACACAUGUUUAAGGAAUACAAGGAAUUGGAUUAAAUGUUGUUUAUCCAUAGAAAAA